CCACACGCAGGGCGCCGUUCCCGAAAACUAAGCUUUUUUUAAUUGUCAAUCCGGCAACGCUCUAUCCGGUUUUCUACCGUUCUCGUUUGACGACAUCUCAUCGACGUGGAGGCGAGUUCUGCUCUCGAACAACACACGAGGGAAGACUGGUGAUACCCACGGCCGAACGGACCCACCCGAGACACACGAGACACUACAGUCAGCGACCAUAGUAAAGCCCGACCGACGACGGCAACAGCGAACCGACGCCAAGAUGGACUUUGCAGCCCUCAUGUCCAAGGAGCUGGACAAGUCCAAGAAGCCCACUUCCACAGCAGCAGCAGCCUCCUCCUCGUCGAAAUACAUCAAACGAGCCGACGUCGAAGCGAAGCGCAGGGAAGACUACCUGGCAGAACAAGCCCGCGUCGAGGCCGAGCGGGAAGCCAAAGCCGCCGCGAAACGCAAGCGCGAGGAAGACGACGCCGCAGAGAACAAGAUCCGCGAGGAGAAGCGACAAAAGCUCGCCGAGGAGUCACGGCGGCGGCGCGAGGAGAAAGAGGCCGAGGAAGAACGCGCGCGGCGGAAGCGGCUGGGGCUGCCCGAGCUCGUCAAGGCCACGGCCGGAGACGACGACGAUGCCGCCGUCGAAGAGGGCGCGGAGGACAUCCCCGACGGCCAGCUCGCCGAGAAGCUGCGCGCGCUGGGCGAGCCGGCGACGCUCUUUGGCGAGGGCCACGGCGCGAGGCUGAGGCGGUACAGGCGGCUCACGACGGUGCUGACAAAGGGCCCCAUCCCGACGACGCUGCAGCUCGUGGAGGAGAAGGACAUGAAGGUGGGCGCGGCGGUGCCCAAGGACAAGGAGGGUCGGCGGUGGCUGUUCCGCCAGCUGGCCUCCUACUUCACCAUGGUCCUGGCCGAGUACGAAAAGGCAAUGGAGGCGGAACGGCGCGACACGACGGCCAGCAAGACGGCGUACAGCGCCAUGGUGCAGAGCCGCGAGAACCUCAAGCCGCUCUUCCGCAAGUUCGAAAAGUACGACCUCGACGACGACCUCCUCGCGCCCAUCAUCGAAAUCGUCAAAGCCGCGCAGGAACGCCGCUACGUCGACGCAAACGACGGCUACCUCCGCCUCUCCAUCGGCAAGGCCGCCUGGCCCAUCGGCGUCACCAUGGUCGGCAUCCACGAGCGCAGCGCCCGCGAGAAGCUGCACGACGGCGAGCGCGGGCACGUCAUGGGCGACGAGGUCACGCGCAAGUACCUGCAGAGCAUCAAGCGCCUCCUCACUUUUGCGCAGGUCCGCUGGCCGCCCACCGACGUCCGGCAGUUGAUGGGAUGAUUCUUUGCGCAUUACUGUGUGCGCGCGUGCCCGAGGAUUACGUGGAUUACGAAUACAUCACGAUCGCCGAGUCACUCCGUUCGGUGUCAAUUGCGCCCUGCCAUCUUAGUUCUCGCCCCAAGGACGAAGGGUGGCCCCAGAUGGAGAGGCCGAGACGGCAACGACAAGGGGAAAACGAAAAAAAAAAACUCUUUUCGAGACUCCUGGGCGUGUCCCGGAUCGCGAAUCCGGAUGGAACUCGAACGGUGGUUGAGGGUGGGACAACGGAAACUGGGCAAAGUCGCAUGCCAUGCCCCCUCCCCUCUAACCCCCUUACUGCUACAUCCUCUCCCCUCUCUUCUUGUCACUUCUGGAGCCAACAUUAUGCCCAUCGUUACUAUCUUACACACACGUCUCUUUUCCAUUUCUAGCGGAUGUAUUUUACUCCCGGUUCAUCGGGAUCUAAUUCCACCACACGGAGUAUACCUCGGAGAGAAAGAGAGAGAGGGGAGGGGCGCACCAGAAACCGUCUGUCUGCAAGGCGAAAGCGAAGCGCGAUUAUGGGCCAUGCUAUCUGUGCCUGGCUCGCCUAGGUUGGAUGAUGGAUCCAAAAUGAUCCAUGCAUCAUUGACGAUGUCGGAUAUGGGGAGGGGGGGGGGAGGACUAGAAAGAACCACACCCCCCAGCGACAGAAAGACCAGGGGGGGCAACGAACUGCUUGAGGAAAAACCUACGAACUGCCUGAUGCAGGCUAGGUAGGAGCAGCAAAAAAGAGAAUAAUAACACCAAAACCCACCAUAAAGAAAGAAAAAAGUUGAACCAUACCAGAGUAGUUUUUCUGAUCACACACCCUCCCCACCCUUCAGGGAUUUGGAGCAAUGUCUCCAAAAGGAAACCCUGUCUGGUGAAAUGC